AUGGUGCCGAAUGAUGACGGGGUGCCGAAGGCGUCGCUCUCGUCGGAUGAUGGCAGGGUGCCGAAGGUGAUGACGGGGUGCCGAAGGCAUCGCUCUCGUCGGAUGAUGACAGGGUGCCGAAGGUAUCUCUCUUGUCAAAUGAUGACAGGGUGCCGAAGGCAUCGCUUGUCAGAUGAUGACGGGAUGCCGAAGGCAUCGCUCUCGUCAGAUGAUGGCAGGGUGCCGAAGGUGACCGAAGGCAUUGCUCUCGUCGGAUGA